AUGGUAAUAAGACACGGUUCAAGGUAUCCGGGAAGCUACCGGGUGAAUAAGAUGAAGAAGAUGCUGGAAAAGAUCAAUCAAGUCUUCCCAAGCAAUUCUACGAUUCAUUACAAGGGUCUUUCACUACCUUGGAACAUACCAAACGAUAUCCUGCAAGCCGCAAGCAAAGAGAUGUCGGCAUUAGGCUCCGAGGAGAUGUAUUCCAUAGCAAGACGCCUUCUUGCUGAGUUUCGUAGCGUGUUGGAACACGGAUACUCGAACACUAACUAUAGCUUUGUUGCCACCGAUAAGCUUAGAUCGAGUCAAAGCGCUGUGGCAUUUGCCCAAGGGCUGUUCGAAGGAAAAGGAAAAGUAGGUUCAGCGAAAUACCAACCAGUUGCCGUAAAAUUUUCGGGUUCUUACGAUGAUGACAGUGUUUUACGAAUCUUUGAAGCAUGUCCCAAAUGGCAAAAAAUAACCGAGAGGAAAAGAUCACGGUCCGAGCACGCAAAAUUUCUGAACGGUCCAGAAAUGCGCGAAGUUGUGCAAAAAAUCGCUGAAAGGCUAAAAUUGCGCAAGAAAAUUUUGCUUACCCCUCAGAUGGUUGUGGAGAUGUUUUUAAUGUGCGCAUUUGGGAUUCAGACGGAUAGCGCCGAUUCAAGCUGGUGCGAGGUAUUUGAGGAAGCAGAUUUAAAAGUUCUGGAAUAUCUCAAUGAUUUGAAACUUUACUGGGAUCGGAGCUACGGCCGUGAAAUCAAUUAUAGAAUGGGCUGUCAGCUUUAUGCUGAGAUAAUAGACAGUCUUGAAGGAUUUCUUCAGUCUGGAAAGCCUCAUGGUAUUUUUCGAUUUGCUCAUACGGGAACUGUAAUUCCGCUUUUAACAAUGUUGGGUCUCUACAACGAUACGAUCCCACCUACAGCAGACAAUUUUGACCAACAGGCCAACCGAAAAUUCCGUAUUUCUGAUGUUGUACCUAUGGGAGGAAAUGUCGCAUUUUUGCUCUACAAAUGCAAUAAAGAACGUCCCAAGAACAAAAGCAAAACCGAUACUGAAGGAGGAAGUGAUUGCGCAGGUCAUUGUCAUACAUCCAAAAUAACGAUACAAAUGUUGGUGAAUGAAGCGCCCGUGCCAAUACCCGCAUGUGGAGGACGGAUGUACUGCAGGCUAAAAAACUUUCUGUCCUACUAUUCGCACAUCAAGGAUAACUGUGACAUUAGAACAAUAUGCGGCAGGCGACGAAAAUGCAAGAACAGAAGGGGACCUCAGGACUAGUUUUACUCUAGAACAGCUCGCCCCAUCCCAUGUGAGGUAAUAUCCAAAACCCUUGUUCCCAGGGUCCUCUCCUUGGCGCUGUCACAGUGAUAUGGGCAUCCCAGCGUUUUCGGCAUCCCCAUUCCCAAAACCCCGAUGAUGUGGGUAUCCCCUUCUCAUAUUACCUUAGCGAUUUGGGUUAGGGUUAGGGUUAGGGUCAGGGUUACAGAUAGGGGAUGCCCGAUGAAAAGUAGAGGGGACUCUCCUCCUUUUUUAGGGUUUUCCCCACUAUCUGAACGGAAUGGGGAUGCCCAAAACGCGUGGAUGCCCACAUCACUGUGACAGCGCCACAAGGGCCGAGUAGAAGAGUACCCUGGGAACUAGUUGGUACUUCUAAGACAGUCGUGGAUUUUAGAAUCCACGCUGUGGAUUUCGGAUUGCAAGUAAACUAGGGUACGUAUCAUUUACUUGGAAAAUCCGGAAAUUCUGAAUGGGAAUCAAAUGGUACGUUCGCGCCAUUCCGUUAGUGGAGCCUCAGAAAACAUGCGCUGUCCAGCUGAUUUGAAUAUUCAUUGUAGCGGGUCGUUGUCCUACCACCUCAAAUUUUAUAGUUUUUUUUUUCUUGUUUUUGCACACGAUUUCUUCCCGGUUGGUUUGUGUAAAUGGUAAGCACCCCGGACCUGGAUUAGGGAUUUCUUGUCAAUGGAACUUGCAUUCUGGAUUCCAUUCGUUAGGUGAAUUCCAUAUUCCAAAGCCCAGGAGUCCGGAUUCCACAAGCAAAGAAAGUCCGGAUUACCUAUACAUGGGGCGAAACUUGACGAGCCAAAUCGCUCGCGGCAGCCAUGCUUGAUUCAUACAAAAGGAAAUUAUUUACAUAUCGAAAACUAAGGGUAAAAGUUGACAAAAGCAGGCUCCUGACAAAAGCAGUUAGAUAAUAUAAUGCAUGUGAAAAUGUUCCUCCUAUAUGGCUAUAUGUUUUAAUUAACCGCGAACUGUGAUACACAAGUCAAUUUUAAGUCGCCACAUAACCUAAAUGAGAAAAACAAACGACCCAUUUUAUAAGUUCAUCAGUAAUUGUAAAACGAAGUUUCUAGCAAGACAAUUUCAUUGAAAUUAUAGACUACCUAAGUUGAGCUCAACUUUAUUAAAAUAAACAAUUUCUUCAACAACCUAUAUCAGGAUUCGAUAUCUAUGCAUGCUACGUGUUCGAUAGUGUCAGUCUUCCCGUGGGAUAUCUGUAAAAUGUCUAACCGUAUGGCUAAGUGUAUUUACCACGUAUUAAAAAUAAAGCGUCCAUUUCAAUGUCCAAAUAAAAAAAAUCUAGGAUGUCAACGCAGGGGGGGCUUUCAUAAAAAAAACAAUUAAGUUUACCUGGAUUAGUUGCCUCGGAUCAACUUGACUUUCUAUUUAAAACCAACAAAUGAUUGCCCUGUGCUGAUCAGUCAUUUUGUUGUUGUUGUUGUUUUUUUUUGCUUUCUUGUUAUAGGCCGUUGGACAUGCGGUUUCCCGCUAAAAAACAACAGCUACCAUACGAUUUCCCGCCAAAUAAACCACGGUUGCUAAAGAAUCGUUGGGAACCCCUGGUCUCGAUAGGGCCGAGAGUCACGCUAGAGUGAGGGGCUUGUUUGGAUAGUCGCACUUCACCAUGGCCUGCUGGCCUAAAAGGGGAAGCUAUAAGGGAGAAUUCAGGCGCGCGAGGAGGGGAAAAUAGGGUAGCCUGCGUAGCAGGUGUCGAAAAGGGCAAGGCCGUAAGGGAUCACGGGAUGGGAGGGUAAAAGGGAUGGGGAUUGGGGACUGGGGAGAGAGGGUAAGGGACUUUCCUUUUUUCUUUCCCGCUUUUCUCCCUCUCUCCCUCCUUUCCCUUUUUUACCGGCUGCCACACAGGCUAGAAAUAGGGAAAUGUGAGAUACAGUUAAAGGGUUGACAAUUUCUCAAAUUAGGAAAUGGGCCGAGAUAACAACUGACCGUGAGAUACAGUUAAAGGGUUGACAAUUUCUCAAAAAAUUUUUUGAAAUUUGCACUUUUUGAGAUAACAACUCUACUGCCUUGGGAAUUCAUUUCUGUGAAACUUCGCUUAUUUUUAAUUUCAAAACGAGGCUUGGUGGUGAAAUUUGCUUGUGUGACGUAAACAUGCAUAAGGGCUAUUCUUAUGGACGAAUCAGGCUUGGACUACUUGAUUAGUUUGUGUAUAGUAGAUAAUAGCUCUCGUUAAUAUUUAUAGUUUACUCAAACAGAACUUAAAAUCGGGUAAUCAAGCGGCGACAGCAACGAAAACGUUAAUCUAAUUACCAAAAAAACAACUUCGCAGGUGCAGCAGACGUUUUUGUACAUUUCUUUGCCGUUGUUUUGCAUGACUACAACGUGAAACUUCCAGAAACAUCCCAGUAGGCCUAGCUACAAAUAUCACGUAAAAUCGCCAAAAUAUGCCUCCGGAACUUCCUGAUAUUUUUCCUAAAUAUCUUGCUCCCCCACCCCCUCCCUAAAUAUCGGAAAAAAUUCUAAAUAUCCCAAAUAUUCCCUUAACAUUAUUCUAUAAAUAUCGACUUCAUAAACUGAUAAACUGAUAAUCACUAGGAGCUGGCGAUCUUAGUUUGUCUGAAAGCGAUGCUACUGUGCUUUCUUUACUCGGUUCUGCUGUACGAACCGCUUCAGGUUCGGCAGGAACCGAAGCCUCCGAACUUGCAGCAUCUGCCAUUUUGUUCAGGUUGAACUUACUAAUAAGACUCAUGGGAUAUAAUAAAGGAAUUGAAUUAACUUUAAAAACCGUGGACGAAGAUCCUGCUAGUUGUAAACGUUGGAUCUCUUGAAGAGAUCUAAUCAGCCAAAAACGAGAAGUCCAAAGACUACUACAAAGCUGAUUCAGAACAACGUGUGUUGUUCUUUCAUAACAAUAUUUCGGCUGGCGAUACCAGCCCUCUUCAGGUUUACAGAUGUUACUGAACUUAUGUAGCAAUCACAAUACUAUAUAGAUGGAGAAUGUCGCAAUAAAGAUUGUUUAAAAGGGAGCGUCGGAAAUGACGUACAACACACAGAAAAAAAAAACUAGUGAAGAAAAAACUAUAACAAGGAUAUAGAUUAGAAUAGUUCGUCACACGGCGGGUAAGGCCAUAGGUUCAAGAGUCAUGGCCUUAUCUAUCAAGUGCGACUCCCUAGCUUUACGAACUGAGUCACGUGAAGAAUGAAUUUUCCCUAACCGGGGGAUUAACUGCAUGUCAGUAUGAGAAUGGUUAGAGUGAGAGAGAAAGUGUUCAGAAACAUUAGUGGGUUUAGACUUAAUGUUAGUUUUGUCGACUGCACGUCUGUGCUCGUUAAAUCUGUCCUUGAGGCGUCGCUUAUUUUCACCUAUAUAUUGUAAAUUACAACGGUUAUAUUGGCCAUGCAGAUCACGUGUUUCACUUUUACAAGUAUAACUUGUGAGGAGAUUAGUAAUGUAUGGACAAGUGGUACAAUUGACUCUUGAACCUAAUGGCCUAUACUAACCGCCGUGACGAAUUAUUGUAAUCCGUAUUCUUGUUAUUUUUUCUUUUCUAGUUUUUUUUUCUGUGUGUUGUACGUCAUUUCCGCCCCUCUCUUUUAAGCAAUCUUUAUUGCGACAUUCUCCAUCCAUAUAAUAUUGUGAUUCCUACAUAAGUUCAUUAGCAUCUGUAAGCCUGAAGAAGGCUGGUAUGGCCAGCCGAAAUAUUGGUAUUAUUUAAAAAACAACACACGUUGUUCUGAAUCAGCUAUGCAGUAGUCUUUGGACUUCUCGCUUUUGGUCCAUGGGAUAAAAUAUACGUAAGGAAAACCGCUGAAUAGGGCCACUGCUGUUACUUAAUUGAGCCUCAAGGUAGAUUUCAUCUCAAUUUUUAAAGAAAAAAACUUGUGUGAACUCAUGAAGUAAUUUAAUAACCAUAGGAAAAUCCUAAAUUUAAUCAUUUUUUCAACGUUUUUCCUUAUAUAAUACAUCGUAAUUUUCUAAACUAUGAUCGGGCCAAAAGUUUCUAAAAUAUCUAAAAAAACAUCCGGAUAUUUGUAGCUAGGCCUACUUCCUAGUUACACGAUGGAAGACUGAUGUCGCAUGUGUUCCUGUUAACAUUUCGUUUUCGCUGCCGCUCAUUAGUCAUUUUCACCUUGCUGGCCGCUAGCAUCUCCCAUCUCUCACCGCCGCUAUAAAAUUUUCACGUUUUGGUCUCUUUGUUUUUUAUCUCUCGCUCCAGCUCUUUCUCUGUUAUCUACGUUAAGAAAGACAUUAAAAUUCAGUCGAAAGAAAGAAUCAUCUUUAUUGUUGUUGUAUUUUUUCUCUGUAAAAGUCAGGGUAGCCAUGCGAUUUAACGGGCGGAUGAAACGCGCGGGUCGGCUUGAAAUGCAAAAUUUCACCGCGGCUUGCAUGAAGGGCCCAUGAAGGUCAUGAAGGGGUGGAUCAGACGUACAACGUUUACCUCAUUCGUAUUUUCUCUAAUGAUAAUAAUAAUAAAGUAAACAAGGAAAAGAAAUUGAAAAGUGUGCUUAUUGCUAGGCAUUUUUAGCCGCAACUAGCAGCCAACCAAAUUAAAUUGCGGGAAUAAAUGAUAAAAGAAGGAACUGGAAAAUAAAAAGAGAACCGCUUAAAAUCUAAACUUUUCCAUUUUUUUUUUAAUUUGAAAAGAGAAGGGACGACCGGAAAUACGUCUGUGUUCGCUGGGAUGGGGUGAUAUUGUUGAUGGUGUGACCAUGAGCACGUGAAAACGAAACAGGAAAAACCGGUUCUGCCUGGUAGUGAUGACGCUAUCAACACGUGACGAAAUUUUGCUUUAUACUCGAAAGCCGGCUCAUUACGGCAUCACUUUCAUGGCGGAAAGUGGAGUGAAUGUUUCUCUAAUAGGACUUUACGAAAACAGAACUUUUGCCGGUUUUACGCACUUUUUUCGUUAUAUCACGCAAUAUUGAACAGCCGAGGUAAGUUCGAACAUUCUUUUGCUUGUCCCCGUCAAGUUUUCCUUGUCAACCCACAGAAAUUCGGUUAACGUAGAGUUGACCUUUGUAUCUUCGAAUGCUGCCGCCGAGGCUUUCAGUAAACAGUUUUUUUUCAUAAAUUUAGAAAAGUACAUACUUCGUUUUAUUGGGAAAUGAUUAUUUUUUACAGUUCUUUCUGUGGUUUUUGGUUCUACAAUGAGAGAUCUCGCGUCCAGGUGGACGAAGCUCAAGCUUGAGAUUCUCAGCACUUCAUCCAAUUUUAUUUUAUUUUCGCGCGGUUUCAGAGCGGAAAAUAUGUACCUUAUUUCUACCUCAAAUAUUUUGUUGAUAUGAAAGGUGCAAUUUUUUUUUUACCUGACAGAAGUAAUUCCGCUUUCUGCUUUUAGUACAGUGAAAAUCUGAAAAGUUAUUUACGCCGCGAAACUCGCAACCGAAAUUUUUAUGCUAACAAUUCUUGGUACCACCUUGUUCGUGUCGGCCGAAAAAUAAACGUUUUCUGAGUCGCUGGGCCGCUUGGAAUGAUUUGCUAUAGGAACGCGUCUUGGACCACUGUGGAAACUUUGGAAUUUCUGAGCUUGUUCGAUCAGCGAAUAUUUUAUUGCACAACAUCUCAAUUUGUUUAUUUCAAGCGUUUUGUUUAUAUCCGGUAACUUAAUUACCGUAUGCAUGAUUAAGCCAAUAAGGCCAGUUUUGUUCGUGUCGGCCGAAAAAUAAACGUUUUCUGAGUCGCUGGGCCGCUUGGAAUGAUUUGCUAUAGGAACGCGUCUUGGACCACUGUGGAAACUUUGGAAUUUCUGAGCUUGUUCGAUCAGCGAAUAUUUUAUUGCACAACAUCUCAAUUUGUUUAUUUCAAGCGUUUUGUUUAUAUCCGGUAACUUAAUUACCGUAUGCAUGAUUAAGCCAAUAAGGCCAGUUUUUAGACUGCAUUGAAUAAAUAAUUGUUGACCAGGGUUCUUUCAUACAUCUUCCUUGCCGCAGUUUGAUUUUGUUGCAUUGGAUUAAAAGAAUAUGGCUCUUCGUGGAUGCACAAGAAAAGUCUCAAGUUUUCUCCAAGUUCAAAGCAGGUGUCUGAGGAAAUCGAUAAAAACACAGCCUUCUUUUUCAGGUAAUGCUUAUAACUUACAUCAUUUAUCAUUUUAUAGGCAAAAUGGGAUUCACAUUUUGGUGGUUUGCUGUUUAGGUAUCAAGAGGAUUAUUAUUCUUCUGGCUCUUUGUGUAUGCAGUGAACAAAAAAGUCUAAACUGAUGACAUAAUAUCUUGGCUUUAAAUGAAGUUUCUUGUAUUGUUCUUGUACCUUUAAUCAAAUGGACAACUCCUAGUGAAAAUGAAAAACUGUCAGAAUGUCGACUUUCAAUUUACUUUGUUGGAUUUGGCAUCAUCAGUUAAAAGUUUGUUUUUUGCUUGGUUUUUGAAAUCGCUUUACUUUAGUACUUAUAACUUGUACUUUAGCACUAGCUUUUAUCUGAUUGGAAAACUUGUGUAGUUUUACAAGCUACCUGUAGAUUGGAUUAAGGUCAGUCUUGUGUCAGUAUCAAUGGCCAGUGCAAGUUGUCAUCAUGUUUGAAGUUUGCAACAUGACAUGAACUUAAUUUAGCCCUAGGGUAAAGCUGGAAAAUUCUGAAAAAUUGCCAGAAAGGAAAAAUAAUAUAUGCACUGGGAAUAGUUCCAUUAGUCAAGUGGACAGGGUUUUGGUAAAAAAAAAAUAUAGUUAGACUUCUGCCUAAACUCACAAGCCAGCAGUUCUAAAACCAAGAUGUCAAAGAAUAAAUUCAUACUUUCUACAAGAACCAGCUAGCCAGGUCCACUAUGCAAAUAUUAUGAAAAGUAAAAUAAUAAUGCCAGGGGCAUUUAUUUUAGAAAAUAGCACUGUUUGUGAGUAGUCUGUAAAGCCAAAUUCAAUGUAGCACAUGUCUGUCUAAAGCUAACCUGUUUACCUUUUGAUUUGUAGGCUUGUCAGCUCAAUGUGUGUGGCAUCAAAGCCUUGGGUUUGGUUCAAACAAUGAUGGAAGACUUGUACUUGUAACAAAGAAUUCAGAGUAGGUUGAUGAAUUUUUUGGCUAACAAUAUUUUUGAUCAUGUGUGCAUUGUACAUUGUUGUGAAAGUUUCAGUUUUCUUGGUUUACUGCUAGUCUCAGGACGAAGUGAAACCAAUAUUAUUGGUCAGGUUAAAGAGCUAUAAUAAGUUUAAGAUUAAACUAAUAUGUAAAAUAACCUUUUUAAUGUCAUAGGAAAUAUUUGUCAAUGGGAUUUUUCAGUUUUGUUUUGGCUAUAUUAGAGCGAUUAAGAUUCACGUUUAUGCCAAAUGGCCAACCUGAAUUUGUCCCACGUGACCAAGUUUUUUCCCUAAUUGUCUUUAACUGUUUAUUACUUCAACUAAAAAAUGUGUAGUUUCAAGCCAGUUUUAUACAUAAGAAUUUUCUGGACAGUUUUUAUCUGCUUAUUUUCUAUUCUGAGAAAUUUUCAACUUGAAUCUGAUGUUGACCAUUUGGCAUAAACGUGAAUCUUAAUGUCUCCAUUAUCCAAAUUGGAGCAACAUGUUGCUUCCCCACUGAGGAUGCAUUUUCUACCACAUGAUGUCGCACAGUUUGCAGGUGAAGCAUGGAAGAGCUAACAACUCUGUGUGUGGGAUAUUUUUAAAGCAAACAACUAUUCCGUACCAAAAAGCCUUUAAUAGAGAAAAGCAUCAGUUCCAAAUAUCCCAAUGCAGAUAAGGCACCAGUAGAAGUGGAAUUGAAGAAUAAAAAUAUUGGGGGCAAAAAAAGGGGAAAGCAAACUUUGGCCUUCUCGUAAACAGUUGCAAAUUUCUUCGACUUACAUUUGAUUAUUAUAAAUGCAUUGCAUCACACGGUUAGCAGAUCAAGCCCUGGUAAAAAAUUAUUAAUUUUUAAGUAGUAAAAGUAAAAACAGUUAAUGCAAUUUUUGUUUCAGUUGCACUUUAAGUGCAAUAAAGGCUUACACUAUGAUGAGUUUUGGCCAAGUUUUAUUAAGUUAUGUUGAAAGGAAACGAAGUGCUUCGGCAAAUUUGGAGCUUUAUAACAGCUCUUUAGAACACAUUUGUAGUAACAGAAAUUCAGCUUAAAGAUGACUUGUUGGUGGCAGUGCUCAAGUUUUCUCAAAAUAAAUUCUUUCUUUCUUUUUGGUACAAUUCACCUACUUCGCAACAGUGUAACUUAAUAGGCAAGAUCAAUUCUUAUUUUUGACUCCUAACAUCUAAAUUUUCUAUCUUACAUCUUGAUCUAUCUGUUUUCUUUCAAUUGGUUCAAUCUGAAUAUAUUUCAAUGUUACUAAUUUGUUUUUCUACAAUGUUUUCAAGCAAUAACUGCUUCAGGUUGCAAUUUCUCACAGAAUUUUUUCACUUUAAAACUUUUUUAGGUAAACCAUGGUAUGUUACAACCUUCCUGAACAAGAUUCCCAGAGGAGUUAAAAUAAAAAUAAUCCAGACAACGUUGUAAAUUAGAACACUUUGUCUUGCAGAUUGUAAAGCCAUGAGCAGGGUGUUUAGUAAGAGCAUAAAGUUCUGGACUUUACAAAUUUAAUAAUCCCAAAAUCAUCAUAACUUCAUUAAAACAUACUACUCAAAUUACCAGUGACAUUCUGCGUGAAAAUGUGCAAAUAAAAUCUGGACUGUGCUUGUUUUGAGGAAAAUGUAGAACAGGGUUAAGGAGGGUUUACACCAAGACCAAGGCACUUAAAAACAACCAGCACUUAGAAAAAGCCCUGCACUGUUUUAAUUAUUACCUGAUCAUUGCUGUCGGGAAAGUUUGUAGAUUGUGAUAACACUGUAACGUUAAAUUUGUAUAAUGUUUGAGCAUUUUUCAGCUCAAGUUUUUUUCUGAAGAGCUUUGUAAAUGAACAGUCGUUUGUAUUUGUGCCGUAACAUGCCUAAUAAUUGAAAAGUGCACUUGCUGUUUGUUGCUAUUCAAAAUGCAUGUAAGAUGGGGUGAGCUUACAUUUAUUUUCCAAAUAUGGCACCAUGCAUCAAAUGGUUAUUUAGUUUUCUUUAAGAGUUGCUUUUUAGUCAUAGGGGACUUCAUGUGUACUUUUUAAAAGGCAAAUUUUGGAAGGAGAAUCUCUACCUGUAGCAGUUUAUCAGAAGUCACUUGAAGCAUUGUUCUAUCAACUUAUAUUUUGACUUUGCUGUUAUCCAAAACAUGUUGAUGUAAAUUUGAUUAGUACUAAAUUGAAAGGGGGUCAAGGCACUGUUAUGAGGGUGUAAGGUAAGUAUGUUGUGCUGUAAUUAACAACCUCUUUGGUAUAUAUUUGCAAGAAUCAUUAAUUUGGAUUGGUCAUUUCGAAUGAGUCAUGAAUAAUAAUUUUGUUAAGUUUCUAUUGAUUGCUGUCUAUAUAUUUUUGUUGUGAUUGGAUGAGCUAUUGUUGUUCUGCAGAAUAAUAACAGUGUAUUUCACUGGUAUAUUUUGUGAUGGAGGUUGUUAUACUAUAAAGGUCACUUGUACUACCAUUAAUACUCUAGUUAUAUGCUUUAAGGCCUGCAAGCACUGCUUGUUGAAGGCCAUCUGUUAUGUGGUGCUGACCUGUAAUUAUCAACAGGCAAUGCACUGAUGGUUAUGAUUACAACAAGCUCUUUGGUCCUCCACCCGAAGCAGAACAAUUAGUCAGAUCAUCGUCUUUGAAACAACCAUACAUUGACAGGGACCUUUGGAGAGAAGGUCGUACAUUACAAGGUAUUAAAGGGUUUUAAUCUUGUUUGGUGGAGAGGAGGAGUAAAACAACUAAUUAGCGAAAUAAUACAAUAACUCUACAAUAAUAACUCAAUUAUUUUUACUAAUAUUGACUAUAAUAUUAAAUAUAUUCAUCUUUUAAUAUUCUCAAAAACUCAUUUUAUCUUUGUGCACUCCUUCAGUUUUGUACAUCUUUUUCAGUCAUUUUUUUGGUAAAAGCUGCUAAUUAUUACUUUAUUGAUAUUAAUAUUUUUAUAGUAAACUUUCCCUUUGCAUGUUUAGGAAGGUGAGCAAAUUGUUACCUCCUCCCUGCAUAGAGUAAAUAAUAAAUUUUGCUUGGCUGUGCAUUACAUGAGCACAGCAAGUCUCAUGAGAGUGUUGGGUGGUGUCAAAGGAUAGUGUGUGUGCAAGAAGUCCUGUCUUGUCAUCAGUGGCUUUUUGACAUGUCCCUUCCCCCCUGUUUGUUUUGCUAAUAUUGGUUGCCUCCUGCAGGUAAUGCCCCUUGGGCAAGACCACUGCUUCCUCGUCGUGGUGGUUAUUCCACAUGUUUUUCAUCCCUUGCUGGCGAUGGGCAGAGCUCUGGGUCAUCUGCAUCUGCUGACUCCCUUGAUCCAUCUCUUAUCAUAUUUGACAAGGAUGGGACCUUAAUUGACGUUGAUUCUGUUUGGAUACCAUGGAUGGAGAGCUAUGUACGUGAACUUGAAGCUGCAACUGGGCUGGAUCUGGCAGACAAACUGUACCAACAAGUGGGGUUCUGUCCGAAGACUCGCGCUUACACGGAUGGAGGUCUGCUGGCCCAUGCUACUAUAGCUGAAAUCAUGAAAGUAUUUGUCUCUGUUCUAGUCAACUGUGGUGUGAACAGAGACAGAGCAGAGAAGCUGGUCGACAACUGUUGUAAGGAGUUUGAUAGUGGAAGUCAUGACACGCUACAACCCUUGGGUGAUUUGCCACUCAUUUUUGAAACACUAAGGGCAAAGGGGGUGAAGACUGCUAUAUGCACCGCAGAUAGCCGGGAGGGCACUAUGUCAGCUCUUGACAGGUUAGGACUGAUGGAAAUGGUUGAUAAGAUUGUAUGUGGAGAUGACAAAGAUACAAAGCCCAAACCCCACCCUGAAACUGCUCUUGAAAUUUGUAAAGAGUUGAAUGUCUGCCCAACACAGACUGUUAUAAUUGGGGACACAUAUGCUGACACCACAAUGGGUCGCUCAGCAGGGCUGGGCCUUACUGUUGGUGUGCUCAGUGGGGCAGGUAGUAAGACAUUCCUUGAAAAGGAGGCUGAUGUUGUCCUCAACAAUGUGGAUGAGCUCCUUGAUACAUUAUUUCCAGAAGAGUCUUCUUAAGUCGAUUCUCCUUUCUUUUUGAGGGAAUUUGGGUAAGUGAUCCUUUAAAUUCAUUUUCAGCUUGGUGUUAAUUUUUUCUUGUUGAUGUGGAUAAUAAUAAUUAUUUAACUCCAUAGUUAUUGUAUAGGAUACAUGUAGAUGUAAUAAUUUACAUGUUAUGUAUUAUAACCGUUUGUCAUUUGACAUCUAGGGUGGGUGGCCAUGUUUUCAGUAUGAAAUGAGUGUUAGCUAGGUGGAAGUUAGCCUGCAUCACAGACAUAAUCUAUCCCUGUUAGUAAUGUCUGCGAAUUAGUUCCAAAAUCCUUUUUCUGGGACCCAAAUGGACUUAAUGAAUUACUUAAAAUGUGUUUUGAAUUUCCCUUUAACCUGAUCGUAAAACCAACAAUAAUUUGUUAAAAAGCUGAUCGUGCUACAUUACUACAUACUCAGAUCAUCGUACACAGGUGGGAACCCAGAGCAAGGAUUUGUUGCUGAUUCGCAAAUGGACUUUACGAGAGGUUUAGUUUUGUCUGUGGCAUAGGCCAGUUACAAGUGAAAUUCAAAAUCUUUCCUUAGUUACAUUGUUGAUUGAUAGUAAAAACUCAUAUUUAUUUAACAAAAUGCCUUUCAUGUUACCUGAAAUAGAAAUAAAAAUAUUUAUUGUCAUUUUACUAUAGUUUAAUAUGUGCCAAUUUCAUAGUACUCAGCUGGAGUAUUCAUUGGAUGCAUUUGCAAAGUAGCGUGUUGCACAUACACUUGUAUCCAUAACAUUUUUUGCCAUAUGGAAUUUCUUAUUGUUUUCAUGCUUAAAGUAAAAACUGCUGUAAUGCAAAUGAAUAGGCUUUCAUUCUACAGCUGUAAGUGCUUACAUAACUGGACAGUGCAUGAGGAUUAUAUUGUAAUCAAGUCUGUAUGGUUUUAUACAUGUUAAUGUGUUAUAAGUCCCUGCAAUAUGAAACCAUUAAGCUAUUUUUAUUUCAACUUUUUACAAUCAGUAACUUAUUCAUAUUAUAUAACAAAAAAAUAAUUAUUAUUUAUUAUACUGUGCUGCUGGUUUUUUUCCCUGGUUUGGAAUCAAGGAAAUUUUCGGGUAACUGAAAGAUUUUGGUGAUGUUCAAAUGAACUGUGUAGAUAAGAAUUGAUUUUGAAAUGAAUUUACAAAAGCACCCAUGUGAAAAUAUCUAACCUUUAGAGCAGUUUUCAACUAAGUUUCAAGGCUUACUUUGCCUAAUUAUGUUUCAAAUAAAAAUUAUUACAAUAAUUAUUAGCCCCUGCAGUUACAUUAUAAUUUAAACCAACCUUCCUGCAUAAGUUUUCCUAUGCUUGGCCGUAGACUACAAGAGCAGCAAUGGUGUGAGGGCAUACUUGCAAAGUAGGAAAAAACGAGCAACACAGUCACAAGAAAAGUAGUCUCCUUUGCAGCCUUUAUUAGGGUCGUCAAGUAAGUGAACGUGCACUGAAAGAGUCUUGGUCGGCCAGGGCUUCUUUUGCCUCCUACAAUUUUCAUUUUUUGGUUUAACUGGUUUUCCGUUUUGCCAGCAUAAUAAUAAUAUUUAAAUUGGUUGCUACUUUUCAACCUCAGUCAUAACUGAUCAGUGGCUUGUAAUGUCUUGUUAUGCUGUUAAUUUAGAGAUAUUUUCCAUGGGUUACUCCCACUACACUGGUGUGAACCUUGGGUGUAAUAUGAUAAUGGUGAAUUUUAGGGGAGUUGUCAACUCCUUGAGUAUCUGUCAUCCGUUUUAUGGUUUGUCAGGUGCAAUAAUUAUUAAUAGUGUGUACACAUAUGAUAUUCUGUUUUUAGAAAAAAAAGGACUAGAAAGAAAGCAAACUAAAGGAUCACUAUUUAUUGCCCCAUGGCUACUUCACUGUAUUGGCGGCAAUUGAAAAUUAAGACUCUUAGAACUGGUAAAUAGUUAGACUUGAAGUAAAUUCGAUAAGGCAGGUUGUACGCUGAAGGCUAUUACCUUAAAUUUUUAAACAUUUGUACCUCUGAAUCACUUUCUUAUUAAAACGUAUCUCUCUAAAUGACAUUUUGUAAAUGUUGUCCUCACAUUACCAAAGAUACAAAGGCACAAGGUUCUCCUGCUGCCUGGCUUAAGCUUUUUAGCGAGGGAUGGGAGGAACAGAAGGCACGAGGAAGGUUAGGUCUGAUCUUUUCUCCUUUCCAUCCUUGAAGGGCCGUUCACAGGCUAGAAUCGUGGACAUGAGACUAGAGAUUUAGUCCCCGUCUCCCUACCCAAAUCAAAGAUGGGAAAAUGGCGCGUUUUGGCCUUCGCUCUGGCGUUG